GUCCCGAAGCCAUUGGAAACCAGCGCCGGCGAGCAAAAAAUAAAAAAAUUAAAAAAUAAAAAAAAAGGAAUUCGACCAAGUAAUUUUGAACGAUUCCUUAAUCAAAUCUAGUCAUAAUGCGACAUUCCUUCCCUUUCCUUCCGCAUUAUUAAUGCGCCGUCCACCCUGCCAGGCUACAGCGACUCUUUUAUACCUCCUUCCACGCCAGCCUUAUACUUGCCCUUCAGCCCUACCACUUUCCUUCUUCACGUCACCACCACCACCUCUCCAGUUCUCUCCCACGCCCGGCCCAACCCAGGACACAUCUCUGAGUUCAUCGCGUGGAACCCGUAUCCUCGGUUGACAGCUCCGUUUGACUCAGCAAAGAAAAUCGGGGUUCGGACGGAGAGAGCUCCCUUUGGGUUUUGGCAGUGACGUUACGUCACGAUUCGAUACAGUCUCGAGCUCGUGCUGACAGCUUUCUACACCUUUCAUUCUUCUCUCCUCUUUUCUGGGGUAACGACGGUGCUCGCCUGUUCUCUAUCGAAGUAGUACAUAAUUCCAACACAGAGAGCUCCACGAUUAUUCUCCCUUGAGCCCGAUGCGGCCGUUAGCUACCCGCGCUGCCUUUGUGGCAGUCUUCCUCGCGUGCCUUGCAACGGCAGUUGCACACGGAGACGAUGAGCAUACGGACAUGAACAUGGAUAUGAGCAUGGAUAUGACUUCCGCGGCUACCGCGACCCCGGCGCCUACGGCGCAUGCGAAUAGCGAGGGUCCCAUGAGCUACUUUGCGUAUGGGAAGCACUCGGGCGCCAUCAUGGCGCAUAUUGCGCUGAUGAUGCUUGGUUGGUGCAUUGUUCUGCCAGCAGCUGUGAUGCUUAGCAUUGGACGCUCGCGACUUGCGCUUCCGUCGCAAUUCCUCUUCCUGUUGGUCAAUGCAUUCGGUUUGUUGCUCGGCAUUGUCUACAACAGUCAGACUCCUGAUCUUUACGCGAACAACGCGCAUCACAAGAUUGGAUGGAUCGUGACGUGGGUGAUCAGCGCUCAGGUCAUUCUGGCUCUGAUCUUUGCUUAUGCCGGUCGCGGCGAGUCCGAGUCAAACCAUACCUCCUAUGAACACGCUUCAUUCUUGCCUGUCGCGACAGAGGAUCAUGAGCACCACACAUUCCCGACGGGGCCCAUGCACGCGUACCGCUGGUCCAGAGACAGUGGCCAAGGUACCGAGCCCAACUCACCUAGCCACAGCGUCGGAUCACCCUCUUUCGAGUCGCCUUCUGAAUGCGACGGCUUUGAGAAGCCGGAGGAAGACCUUCCGGCAGAGCCGGCUGCUCCGCGGGGGUGGUUGCACAGCACUUUUGUGGACCGUUUCCUGGCGAAUCGUGUUCCAGGAAUGGUCUCCAACCGUGUACUGCGCAUCUUCAAUGGGGUGUACAACGUGAUUGAUCGCAUUAUCCUGCCAUUCGGGUUCAUUGCCAUCGCCACGGGUGCUGUGACCUAUGGCGGUAUCAUGCGGGAACGCGAAAUUUUCAACGGUUUGGCUCACUUCAUCAAGGGUGGCAUCUUUUUCUGGUAUGGUGUCCUGACCCUGGGCCGCUAUGUGGGCUGCUGGGCCGAUCUGGGAUGGGCGUGGAACAAGAAGCCUCCCGCGUCCGUGGUUGGCUGGAAGUCCAAGGUCCCCUCUGGCGAAUUCACCGAGUCCUUUGUGAUCUGGUUGUAUGGUGUCACCAACGUGUUCCUCGAGCAUCUUUCCAGUGCAGGUCAUGCUUGGUCGUCGACUGACCUAGAGCACGUCUCUAUCUCCAUCAUGUUCUUUGGUGGUGGUUUGGCUGGUAUGCUCUUCGAAUCCUCGCGUAUUCGCGAAGCUCUCAAUAACACCAUCCUUCGAUCACCCGCACACAACACCCGCGACGAGAAUUGGGACGUUCCCCGAUCACAGGGUGUACCUCUCAACCCGAUGCCGGCUCUGAUCAUCCUCCUGCUGGGUAUGAUGAUGGGUUCGCACCACCAAACCAGCAUGACCUCGACCAUGGUGCACAAGCAGUGGGGCAACAUGCUCGUGGGCUUUGCGCUGGCUCGCGGUAUGACUUACGUGCUGCUGUUCCUGCGCCCACCUACCUCGUACUUGCCUGCCCGCCCGCCGACUGAGAUCGUCGCGGCAUUCUGUCUGAUGGCGGGCGGUCUCAUCUUCAUGCUGAGCACGCGCAAUGUGAUCGAGGCCAUGGAAUACUAUGAUGUGGAUGCGAUGUUCACCUUCACGGUGGGCAUGGGAUUCACUGCAUUCGUCAUGGCGCUGGAGAUUCUCUUCAUCGCCUUGAAGGCGUGGGCUGUGAAGCGUGAGCACCGUCCUCAGCUGGGAUACCGCUUCCCGUGAACACUCCCCUCAUGCACGGCGUACUGGCUGUGAUUAUGAUUUAUUGUUUAUUUUUUUAUUUUGAUACCCCCUUACACCUGGGUGAUGGAUUUUGAUUUGAAUAUGGAUAUGGAUAUGAAGUGUGGAUGAACUGAAUGUGGUGGUUAAUGUUUCUCAUAUUUAUGAAUAUGCCAAAAGGGGAUGACGGUGCAGACGUGAUGUGAUCGGAAACGUUUCUCACUGGUGCCAGAGUCCCCUUGACGGAAGGGGGACUGGUGGUCGGAAAUUUUCCGAAACUUAACGAUCGGAAUGAAUGCUAAUGGAAUUUAAUGAGGCAGUGAUCCUGAUACAUGGGCGAGUGACUGGGAAGUUGAGAGCUCUUUCGCAGGUGUCCAGUAUAGGUAUCGCUCAAGAGAUAUGGAUUGAAUGUACGAUGUAGUUAUACAAUGACAGCGUUUCAAACCCUGAAAACG